AUGGCUACAGUCCUGGACUCUCAGGUCGACGUGGAAGUUGAGGAGUGCCUCAUAAUGAAAGUGGAAAAGGGUUCGGAGUGGGCGUCAGAGCCCAUUCUGGCGAGGUCGGGCAGCACCGAAUGUGAGUCCUUUCGUAAAUGCUUCCGGCAGUUCUCCUACGAGGACGUGACGGGACCCCACGAAGCUUUCAGUAAACUCUGGGAACUCUGCUGCCGGUGGUUGAAGCCAGAAAUGCGGUCCAAGGAGCAGAUCCUCGAGCAGCUAGUAAUUGAACAGUUUCUCACCAUUCUCCCGGAGAAGAUUCAGGCUUGGGCACAGAAGCAGUGCCCAGAAAGUGGAGAGGAGGCGGUGGCCCUGGUAGCGCAUUUGGAGAAAGAGACCAGAAGACUGAGAAAGAAGGUCAGUAGUCCCCUACCCUCAGAGAAGCAAGCCCCACCUGGAACUGUGUGGGAAGUAGCUGACUUUGAGCCAGAGCAACUGGAGACCCAGCGCAGGGUUGUUCCUCGGGAAGAAGCUGGAAGCCUCCACUCAGGAUACCAGGAACAGCUGAGCCAACAAAGAGAGUAUAGGCCUUUACCUAAAAAUGCUCACUCUUCUCUCUGGGUUCCUGUUCCUAGUGAUGAAUGGAACACUGUAGAUCAGGAGGUGGCAACCCAGGAACCAGUGAAAGAUGUCCACACAGUGAGAAGCUUGUCCUACAGAAAGAGUGUACAUCAGAGUCCUACUCACAGGGAUCUCUACCACGAAACCAGGAAGGAAAGUGCAGGGAGCAUGGUUUCCCUGGGAGGCACCGUGUCUACAUCUAACAAGAGAGCUCAGUUGGAACAGAGAAAGGAACCAUGGACUGUAGGUCUACAUUCCUCAAAUAAGAAGAAUAGUGUUCUGCGAAGCAACUACAUCAAAGAGAAAUCAGUGCAUGCUGUUCAAAUCCCAGCAAAGAAUUCAGGGAAAGUGUGGCGAGAACAGCAACAGUGGGGUUUAGAAGAUGAAAAAAUUGCAGGUGUACACUGGAGCUAUGAGGAAACCAAGACUUUUCUUGCAAUUCUCAAGGAAUCUCGCUUUUAUGAAACACUCCAGGCUUGUCCCCGGAAUAGCCAGGUAUAUGGUGCUGUGGCUGAAUGGUUGCGAGAAUGUGGCUUCCUUCGAACACCGGAGCAGUGCCGGACCAAGUUCAAAAGUCUUCAGAAAAGUUAUCGAAAAGUGAGAAAUGGCCACAUGCUAGAACCCUGUGCCUUCUUUGAGGACAUGGAUGCCUUGUUAAACCCUGCAGCCCAUACUUCAUCUACUGAUAAGACAAAGGCCGUGAUCUCUCUCCCCAGACUAAAGAGUAUUGGCAUUAGUGCUAAAGAACAGGUCAGUUUGGUGGAGGAGGAAGAAGAAGGUGCUGAAGACUCCGAUGGUGAUGAAGUGGGUAUUGAGUUUAUACGCAAGUCUGAAAUUCGUUCUGCCCCUGUCUUGUUCCAAAACCUAAGUGGUGUGCACUGGGGCUAUGAAGAAACUAAAACUUUUCUUGAUAUCCUUCGUGAGACUCGGUUUUAUGAAGCACUUCAAGCCUGUCACCGGAAAAGCAAAUUGUAUGGAGUUGUGGCUGAACAGCUUCGAGAGUGUGGCUUUCUCCGGACACCAGAACAAUGCCGGACCAAGUUCAAAAGCCUUCAGAAGAGUUACCGAAAAGUGAAGAAUGGACAUGUACUGGAGUCCUGUGCAUUUUACAAGGAGAUGGAUGCCCUAGUUAACUGCCGAACGUCUGCCCUUUCCACCAACACCUCAGAAGAAAUCCCAUCACUCUCAAGGCAAGAAACAGGACAUAUUGAAGUUGAACCCCAGGAGCCUACAAUCUGGGAACCUGAAGAGACCUUACAGGAAGCAGUGUUAGAAGAUUCUAGUAGUGAGAGAAUGAGUGAGGAGGAAAUUAUAGAAGAGCCAGAAUUCCAAGAACCUACAGACUUACCUCAAAGCCUAACAGAUUUUGAAACUGAAAGUAGUAUUAAGGAGGACCCAACACAGGUAAUAUUUAAGAACAAAGAGCCCCACGGGGCAUUAUUAGAAAAGUCUAAAAGAUUUGUUUUAAAUACCAACCCCAAUAGAUAUUGUAAAAGGGAAUACAUCUCAGGAAGACAAUGGGAAAACCUUCAAGGAAUUAGACAGGGAAAACUGAUGUCUCAACCUAGAGAUAUAGGGAAGGCUACUGUGCAUCAGAGGCCUUUUGUGGGAAGGAGACCAUACAGACUUCUCAAAUAUGGAGAAAAUUUUGGAAGGAGUGCCCGUCUUAUGUGCAGGAUGACCCACCAGAAAGAAAACCCUCAUAAGUGUGGUGUCUGUGGGAAGUGCUUUGGUAGAAGCAGGAGCCUAAUCAGACACCAAAGAAUCCACACGGGGGAAAAGCCUUUCAAAUGUCUUGACUGUGGGAAAAGCUUUAAUGACUCCUCAAAUUUUGGAGCCCACCAGAGAAUCCACACUGGAGAGAAGCCGUACAGAUGUGGGGAGUGUGGGAAAAGCUUCAGUCAGAGCUCAAGUCUUAUCAUCCAUCAGAGAAUGCACACUGGAGAGAAACCCUAUCAGUGUGGAGAGUGUGGGAAAAGCUUCACCAACAGUUCUCAUUUCAGUGCCCACCGCAGAGUCCAUGCUGGAGAGAAUCCCUACAAAUGUGGGGACUGUGAGAAGAGCUUCAAUAACUGCACAAGAUUCCGAGAACACCGGAGAAUCCAUGCUGGAGAGAAGCCUUAUACAUGUGCCCAGUGUGGCAAACAUUUCAGUAAAAGCUCUUUCCUCACCAAACACCGGGAAGUCCACAUGCGAGAAAAACUACUGCCAUACUCUCCCUCUGGGUACUCAGAGAACCUACUGAGGGGAAAGAGUGAUGAAUUCAGGAAGACCUUUUGA